UUGACGGCGUAUCGAGCUGAAAACGACCAAAUUGUGGAGUGUCCGGCGCUCUGAGCCUUCAGAUAUCCUCUGUCCUUGUCGAAAAAGGUCGAAGGUCGUUCACUGGAAGCGGUAUGUCGAACCCGGACGAUCCGGAUCGCGCCUUUCAAGGUGAGCUGGAGCCGAACGCGUCGAACCAGGCUGAUCUGGAUCCAUCCGUUCCAGGUCAGAGUCUGCAUGGAGAGGAUGAGAAAGCCCAUGAAGACGACAGCUGCUCUGACCACGACAGCGGCACAAACCUGUUUGAAGCUGAGCAUUCAGGGAGCCAGCUGCAGAGGUGUGAAUGGCCUGGAGGGGGCUCAGGUCUACCGGACACGUUCCAGACCAGCCGCCUCCUGUUCUACGAGAGGUUUAAGGCAUACCAGGACUAUAUGCUUGGAGACUGUAAGCCCUCGGAGGUGCGGGCCUUCAUAGCAGACUACCUGGAGAAGGUGGUGGUGCUCUCUGAUUGGUUGGCUGUGUGGUCCACUGAUGUAUUUGAUGUUCUUGUGGAGGUGCGGGACGUGGACCUGAGGGACCUGAAGGCGUGUGUGAAGCUGGUGCUGCCGAUGCAGUGUGACAUCCGAGGCUGUGAACUCACCAAGGACACUCUCAGAUCUCUUCUGGAAGUCACUCAGCACAAAGUUACACUACAGGAGCUGCACGUGGUGUACGAGGAGUCCGGGGAAUUGGACCAGACUGCUCUAGCUCUUGAGCACCUCAGAUUUUUCUACAAACACAUCUGGAGAGAGUGGGAUGAGGAAGAUGAAGAUGAUGACUUUGACUACUUUGUGCGCUGUGUGGAACCCCGUCUCAGACUAUGUUACGACAUCUUGGAGGACAGAGUCCCGGCUGGCCUGGUUGAGGAGUACCAGUCCUUACUGGAGAGCUGCAGCCACUGCUUCCAGCAGUUCAGCGUGCUGCGGAACUCUCUGAGUCCGGACUCGGACUCUGAGCUGGACAACGUGUCCAUGGUGGAGGGUUUGAAGCUCUGCGAUCAGUUGGACACCUUCAAGCGAAAGCUUCACAUCAUCGAGAGUCCCCUGUUGAGGUAUGUGCUGGCCUACAAAGGCAACGUGAGGAGUCAGAGUGUUGUGACCCGCGGGCCCAGAGAGUCCAGUAAGAAGGUGGUUCACGUGGUCUCAGCGUCCUGCAGCAGCAGCCAGCUCCAGUCUCUCCUCAACACCAGACUGACCCCCCUGUGCUCCGCUGACGACACUGAGAUCCAGUUCCACAGAGAGCCGGCGUCGGCAGUGGACUCGUGUUACGAAGGCGAUGUGGUGGUGGUGCUCCCAGGAGUUUACAGUGUCAGUAACUCCAUCUACAUUCCAGACUCCAUCACCAUAGAGGGCUUCGGCUUUCCUGAUGAAGUGGUGAUUGAGAAGAGAAACACAGGGGAUUCGUUUCUGGAGUCCACAGGAGCAGCUGUCAAGAUUUCCAACAUCAAGUUCAUCCAGCAUGGCGCUAUCGAAGGCAUCCUGUGUGUUGGUGAGGGAGCGCUGGACAUGGAGAACUGUGUGCUGCAGUGCGAGACCACCGGGGUCAUCGUCCGAACGUCUGCCCGUCUCAACAUGAGCAUGUGUGACCUGUACGGCUCCAAGGGGGCCGGCCUGGAGAUCUAUCCCGGCAGUAUUUGCUGCCUGGUUAGUAAUGGCAUCCAUCAUUGCAAGGAUGGGAUCCUCAUCAAGGACUUUGCUGAUGAAAUGGAAGUGAUGCCAUCCAUCACGAUGGAAAACAACGUGAUCCACAACAACGAAGGGUACGGCGUGCAUCUCGUCAAGCCCAAAUGUGCAGAAGACCCAGCUGGCCUGCCAGCGGAGGAGAAGCAGCAGGGAGAUUUCCCCUCCAUGCCCUCCCCGCCAACCAGCAGCACCUCAGAAACUGCUGAGCCUGAAACGGCGCCCCCCAGCACCAGGAAGUGGCAUCUGGGUCGUCAGCUGAGCAGAAACAAGGACAUUUCGUGCAUCUGGACAACCCAGGACUUGAAGGACCACCCGAUCUUUGUCUCCAUACAAGGAAACUUGUUCAAACGCAAUGGCCUGGGCGACUUCGGCACGUUUUACUAUUGACAGAUAGGUUUGUCCAUGCAGAACACCUGCUUUUUAACUUUCUAUCUUUAGUGCUUCUGAGCAGUGAAAGUUUAAUGACAACCAAAUGCUGUUUCCAAAAGAAAGGGGGAAGCAUAUAACAGGAUCUCUAGAACUUGGUGAAAAGUUGCCUCUGCGUGUUUUUGUCCACAGGACACAUCGGUCUUGAAUUAUUUGCACAUUUUUAUCCUAUUUAUUUGUUUGGGCUGUUUUUGGUUUUUUAUUCUCCAUUGCUUUAAGGUCCUCUCACAUCUUUAAGUGUAACGUUGGUGGCUUGAUUGUUAAUCUGCCAAAAACUAUAAUGAUAGUGGAGGCUUGUUAAGAUCACAAGGCUGUUGAUAAUUUCACAUACUUUAUGAUUUCCACUUGGGUUCCCUGUAUUUUAGAAUGUAAGAGCUCAGAUCUAUAAUGGAGGGAUGUUUUCUGUAUUGAGGCCCAGAACAGUAGGAACUUCAGUAAAGGCCUGCAGUUUUAUUAUUAAAAGUGAUUAUUAAUUUGCUCUGCUACUAAUGGAAACUGUAUUGAGAUUGUCCAGUUGAUUAAAUGGUUAUGUUCAGCUCAGCAUGUGUAUGGUCGCUCAUCCUGCUGACUGGUCUGAAGUGGAAAACUUUAUCUGUGAAACAUGCCGUAACGGUUUGUUCGCUAACUGCUUGACACUUGAGAGGAGCUGACAGCAAACACCAAACCAGCACACACUUCUGGGGAGAGAAUGACCAUGCUGUGUUUUGGCUUUGGAAUUGGGAGCAUGAGUGGAGCCGCUGCUGGAGCACAGAAAGCUUUUCCCAAGGACAACAUGCAGAAUGAAUGUCCUGUAACCUGGUUCAGCUGCUCUGACCUCAGUCUCAGCUCUUACG